AUGCAUUCGGAUCUCAAUAAUAGUAAUACAGUGUUACAAUCAAAUACCGCAAAUUUAACAUCAUCACUAGUUCGUGAACGUUUAAAAAAUUGUGUUUUAAAUAAACGUAAAAGUAAAGAACAAGGCAUUAAUUCAAAUGAUACAACAACAUUAUUGAAUAUUGGAGUUAAUCAACAACAUACUACUCAUAUUACUACUGAUAAAGAUUUUGCCCAACUUACUAAGAAUAUUGAUCAACACCAUGAACAGUCCAUCACGAACAGUUAUGUCGUCAAUGAUGAUUUAACAGGUAAACCAACGACACGUCAUCAUCCAAGCUGUAAUCAUGAUACUACUGAUAGUAGUAAUGAUAUCACUCCACUAACGAUCGAUAUUGAAAAUCAUCAGUCCUCUUUAGUAAAUCAACCAUCCUCUGUCACCUCUUUACCAACUAUUAGUAGUAGUAAGAAAUCCAAUACAUCACAUCAAAUACAACAUUCACUUUCAAAUCAUGAAACUGAAACAAAUUAUAUGGAUUUUGAAAAUGAUGUACACACACACACUGUGAUGGAGACAAGUUUAUGUGACAAUUUUAUGACACAACAUGAUCUAACAACCAUCGACCAUCAUCAGCAUCAGCAUCAACAUCCUCAACAAUAUCAACAACCGCCGCACAAGUUAAUCGAUGAGAAUUUGCGUAAAACUGUCUCAGAGCCAAGUUUAAAAAUGCGCACUGGUUCAGGUGGUGUACAAAAAUCACGUUAUAAACAACCAGAACGUCGUCAUCAUCAUCAUCAUCACCAUGUUGUGCAUCAUCAACAACAUUUCGGGAUGAAUACGGCGGCGGCGGCUGCAGUAGCCGCUGCCGCCGCCGCUGCUGCCGCGGCUGCAAUGAAUGUAUCCAGUGAUCCAUUGUCCAUCGUUGGAUUAUGGCCACAAUUGAGUUCAGCAUUUCAACAUGCUAAUUUAAUACAGAAAUCAAUCAAUAAGAAACCAUUGAAACAAUUACAAGAUUUAAAUCAUACCACUACUACUACUCAUAGUAGUAAUUUGUCAUCGAUAGAUUCGGAUGACCAAUUAUCGAAAUCAGAGAAAAAAUCCAUAAUACCAUUAUCGAAAACAUUUCAUGAUAUUAUACUAACGGAAUUAAUUAAAACAAACGAAUUGAUCAAUGAUCAAGAAUUACUAGAAAAGAAUAAUAAUACUAAUACUAAUACGAACAAUGAUAAUUUAAAUUCACGCGCGCUAAAUUCAUUUGAAAAUACAAAUCAUAUUUUAAACGAUUGUAUGUUGUUCGGUUCAACGAUCAAUGGAUUAUUCUGUACAAGUUUGCCGAAUUUAACUACUACGACAACAACAACACCAUAUCAUUCAACAUCAUCUUUAUCGUUAUUACAAAGAAAUAGCAAUACUACUAAUAAUAAUAAUAGUACUAAUUUAAAUAUUAACCAAACAAACAAUUCAACCAUUCAAACAAAUCAUUCCACAUCAUUGAUCAUUGAAUCAAAUAAUAACAAUAACAAUAAUGGUACAAAUACGUCAACUGAAACAAAUUCAACAUUCAAUCAAUCUGUACAAUUGAAUAAAUCAUUUCCUUCUCAACAUCAUCAGCAUCCCCAUCCUCACUAUUAUUAUUAUCGUAAUCAAUCGAUGGGUUUAAUUAGUCGGACAAAAUCGGCGCCAUUAAGUUUAGCCACUGGAUAUAAUACAACAAAUUAUCGGCAAAUACCAUGGUAUAAUAAUAAUAGUAAUAAUAGUUUAAAUAAUGUACAAAGUUUGUCAACUGCAGCAUUGAAUAAUAAUACUACACCGACAUCGGUUACAUCAGCAGCGAAUAUUUUGGCAAUGAAAGCAGCUACAAAUAAUUUUCAGCAUCAACAAUCACAACCACAAUCACAAUCACAACAAAAUUGUACAUUGAACUUGGUAAAUCAAUCCACAGUUAAGUGUACUAGUAAUAACAAUAAUAUUAGUAGUAGCAGCAGUAAUAAUUUACAAUCAUCUGUAGACAAUGAAUUAUCAUCACGUGAUAAAGUUGUUUUACAAUUACGUAAGAAGAUUUUAGAAAGAUCUGAAUUCCUCACAUCUGAUCGUUCAUGUAUAAACAUUAUGGACAGUGCAAAUACACCAAUGUCUCGAAUAAACCAAACAACUAAACGUGGUAAUCCUUUGUUAGAAAGAACAGCUUCAAGUCCUGUAGUUAGUAUGGCGCCAACAUUAAGAUCAGAAACUGUACCUGAAACAACAUUCACCACUGUUUUGGCAUAUGAUUUGGGAAUGCUUGCUCAUCAUUGCACUUGUCAAACUGACGCCAAUCAUCCAGAAAAUCCUCAACGAUUAAUAUCGAUAUGGCAAAGACUUCAACAAACCGGUUUAGCAGCCCAAUGUCAUCAUCAACCAGGUAGACGUGCAUCAUUGAUUGAAUUACAAUUGGUUCAUAAAGAUGUGUAUACCGUGUUAUUCGGUAGUAAUCCAGCAAGUCGAUGUCGUAUUGAUCCAACACUUUUAGCUACUGUACGUUUAUGUCGGCUGGCUUGUGGUGGAGUUGGUGUCGAUUCGGAUACAGCAUGGCAUACAGCUGGUCAUACAGCACAUGCAGCAAGAUUAGCUGCAGGUUGUGUGAUUGAUUUAGCAUGUCGUGUAAUGCUUGGUCAAUGUCCUAAUGGUUUUGCUUUAGUGCGACCACCUGGACAUCAUGCAGAACCAGGUCAAGCAAUGGGAUUUUGUUAUUUUAAUUCAGUUGCAAUAGCUGCUAAACGAGCACAAUUUCUUGGUUCCACAGGAUUAAGCACUGAACAAAGCAGUGUGAUGUCAUCUUUAACCAAUACAUUGUUUGAUCAAUCCACUUUUCUUCCAUAUACUAUGGAAUCAACAAUGAAACCGAGGAUUUUAAUAGUAGACUGGGAUAUUCAUCAUGGAAAUGGUACUCAAACAAUGUUUUACACUGAUCCAUCUGUCCUAUACAUAUCACUUCAUAGACAUGAUGAAGGAGGAUUUUUUCCUGGUACUGGUUCACCGGAAGAAAUAGGCUCCGGGGCUGGAGAAGGAUAUACCAUUAAUAUAGCAUGGCCAUCAGGGAUAAUUAUGUCUGAUGCAGAAUAUUUAGCUGCAUUUCGUUUAAUCAUCUUACCUGUUGCUUGUGAAUUUCAACCUAGUCUUAUUCUAAUCUCUGCAGGUUUUGAUGCCGCCCCUGGUCAUUCAGCUAAUCUUGGUGGUUAUUCUGUAAGUCCUGCUGCUUUCGGUUGGAUGACACGUCUGUUAUCAAUGGAACAUAUAGCUAAUUCUAAAGUUGUCCUAUCCCUAGAAGGUGGUUAUGAUAUGAAUAGUCUUUGUGAUUGUAUAGAAGCAUGUGUUAGAGCAUUAUUACAAUCAGCUGCAGAAAUUAAUGAGAAAAAUGCCAUACCAAUUAAUAAUGUACCUAAUUUAAUACCAAUCAAACAAUCUGAAUUAGAUCGUGCCCCGCAUCCUUUAGCAAUACAAACUUUAUUAAAAGUUGCACAUUUACAUUCAACUUAUUGGAAUAGUUUCAGUAAAGAAAUCGAUACACAAUAUGCAUCUAUCCCUGCUAGUCGUUGGUUACCUACCCUAUUUGAUAAUUCUAUUGAAAUUAAAGAUUUUAUUCAUUCAGCAACAACAACAACAACAACAACACAUCAUGAACAUACUUCAACAACAGCAUCAACAAAUAUUUCAACAUUGAACGCGAAUAAACGUUAUUUAAAACAAACAUCAUUAACAACUACUACUGGUGAAUUGAAUGUACUCCCCACUUCGGUGAAUAAUAAUACUACAGAAAGCAAUCGAUACAGUAAUUUUGUCAUGCGACAAGCUUCUUCAAUGGAUGAAACCAUUGAAACAGAAAUGAAACCAAAUUUUGCUAGACGUCGAUCAGCUACAGGGAUUACAGCUUCUUCUAAUAUGGAUUCAUUGUUGGCAGUAGGUGGUGGUAGUGGUGUGGAUACAAAUGAGACAAUUACACGAAUUGCAUUGACACGUUUAGCUGAACUACAUGUAACUACUACACAACAACCGGAAUAAUUGGUUGGCGGUAGAAUAUAUGUAAAGCAGCCGCAGCAGCAGCAUCAUUUUGAUGUGUAUCAUUUUGUGCGUUCAGGUUGUGAUGAUCUUAUUAUUCAUAUUAUUAUUGUUGCUGUUGUCAUCGUCGGUGUUGUUGUUGUUGUUGUAAUUUUAUUUUGUUUUACUGCAUUGAAUGUGAAUAGAACAUACAAUGAAACAUUGAACAUCAUUUAUUUCUUGUAAAUAAUUUUCACUAAUGAAAAUGAACAUUCCUCGAUGAUUUUUAAAACUGAAUCUGUACACU